AUGGGUUUGGCCUCUUCCAAGCACCGGACAUUAGAGGACUGGGAGGACAAGGACGAGUCGUCUUUUCCCUGGCUCGAGCCUCGCGGUCUAAAUAUCGGCCAUGCGACGGACGUGCGACGCGCUUAUCGCCUGACGAGAGACGUCCUUGGGGAGGGUCGCACAAGCAUCGUAUGGGUGGGCGUGGACAGGUUGAGUGGGACCCACGUGGCAGUGAAGAUGUUAUCUAAGCGGAUUGUGACAGCAAUGAAGGGAGAAGAGCAUCGGGCCUCUGAGAUUGAGAUCCUUCUUGCAUUGCAACGAAGUGAAGCCAGCACGGAAUCAGACACGAAAGGCGACAGUUCUGUCGCUGCCCCCGCCACCUCUGCCACCUCUGCCAGCAGCAGCAGCAGCACAACCAGCAGCACCACUGCUGCCGCCACCAAUGGUGGCGGUACCAGUUCCACUGUAAAAGCAGACUCGCUACGUUCCUCUUCCGAACCUGCCUGUCCUGCUUCUUCUGAUGCAUCCAAACCGGCUGCUGAUGCACAUGCUCCUGCAUCAGUCCCAGCCUGCCCUGGCCUUCUCCCUGUGCUGGGCACAUUUGAGGACACCCGCUUCCUCUUCCUGGUCACUCCCUUGGUGGCUGGAGGGGAUCUCCUGUCACACAUCGCAUCGCGUCCCAAGUUCUCCGAGCGCCAUGCAUCAGUUAUUGUGCGCCAUCUGCUAAAGACGCUUGCGUAUCUACAUGCUAAAGGGAUCGCACAUCUUGACGUUAACCCGACUAACGUUCUCUUCCCUGGCACAUCAUCCAAGCAUCCCCACUUGGUAGAUUUCGGGUCAGCAAUGCUCAUUCCUCCUGAAGGUGCUGCCUCGCCAUCUCCUGCCACCACACCCUUCUUUGCGGCCCCGGAAGUUUUCCAGAAGCGCGUCUUCACUCAGGCUGCAGACAUGUGGAGUCUGGGUGCCGUGCUCUUCUUGAUGGUUGGGGGGGUGCAUCCCAGGGUGGCUGUGGAUGAUCCCUCUUCUGAGCUUCUGGAGUUUCUGACGAGAUUGCUCACACCGAAUCGGUCGGAGAGGAUGACGGCGAAUGAAGCACUGUCACAUCCUUGGAUAAUCUCGUCUGCAUGCAAGCUGCGCCAGAACCCCUUGCAGACGUCGGUGAGAAAUUGCAAGGAGUAUGUGUCGAGGCGCGCUGCUGGGUGCAUCGGCAGCGGUGUCCCUACGAUGGCCAAGCCUGCUUCAUCUGACAAGAGCGGACAAAAAAAACCUACCGCGGUCCGCCUGCACGAAGGCACGCGGAUUCGCGUCGUGUGGCCGCGCGACAACCGCUGGCACGCAGGGUUCGUGAAAAAGUACGACGCGAAGAAGGCGCUUCACACGAUCGUGAGCGACCACGGCGACAGCAAGCGACUGGACCUGCGAACCACGCGAUGGGAAUUCGAAGACCCUCACGCGGACCCGGCCAAGUUUCUCCGCCCGAGAGGCACCCGAGGGAGGAAAAAGGCGUCAGCGUCCGUUGCGGGCACAGGCGCGGCAACCCCAUCGGCUCUACCUCAGCUUUUCCCAGUCGGAGGCUCCCGCUAUGCGUCGUCGAACGCGGCUGCGAGCUCUGAUUCGGGCGACUCGUCGGACCCAAGCUUCGGGCACGUUGACAGCCGGGCUUACGGCGCGUCGCAUCCCGCCGAGGCGCAUGCUGCAGAGUCGUGCGAAGAGGGAGAGUUUGUUCAUCGAGGCCUGAGGGCCCGGAAGAACCGCCAGUACGUGGUUAGUGACGAUGAGUCCGGCGAUGGUGAUGACGUGGCAGAUGAUGCUGACGAGGACACUGAGAUUGAAAGUGAUUAUGAAGAAGACGAGGGCUUGGGUUCCGACUCGGAGUGUGAUUAUACCGGGGAAGCGGCGGAUUUGUCGGCGGGACGUAAGAGGCGGUUGAGUGAAGGGCACGCCUCUGGGGCUGAGUCGGCGGAGACAAAGCGAUGCAAGAAGGAAGGGUCGUUCUUCACUCUCACCGAGGUCGCGUGGCAACAGCACCAGACGCAGAAACCGUCGCAGCCGUCGCCAGCGUCGCAACCGUCGCAGAAUGCUGUGAAGGCGAAGAGGCCUGUGGGUCGUCCGCGAAAGGUGGUGCCGUCCGGUUUGGCCCAAGCCGCCGAGCCUGCUACAGACGAGGAUACCACCAUGGACGAGAUGAUGCUCAUUGUGGCGGUAGCGCGUCGGCUUGUAAAGGACAAGUGCGGCUUGCCUGCUGCCUGCGACUCGCUCAAGCCUUCCCCGGUUGCCGCGAAGCUCAGGGACAGCAGCGCGUCGGGCGCUGCGGCUAAGGAGAUUAAGGAGGCCGGACGCACACGCAGUAGCGGAGACAAGGCGGCGCUGGGAAGCGCGGAAGGCGGUAUGGUGGAGGUGGAAGUGACGCAGCAAGGGCAGCUUCAGGUGAAGGGGGAAGUGCAGCGCGCCGCUGUGAAGGUGGACGUUCAGGGGUACAUGGAGGACUCGAUCAAGGACCUGAGGGCGGUUCAUGUCCUCCCCGUUACAUCGUCCGGUCCAGGUGCUGCUGCUAGCGGAUUUCGGUUUAUGUCGGGGAUGGAGUCGUGUGCGCGUGCGAUGUGGCCGUGCAGCCAAGGUCGUGUGGUGGUGAGGGCAACUUCAUCGGUGGUCCCUGCUCCAGGUGGUGCCAUCCGAGCGUAG